AUGCGCACCAAGCCGAGCAGUUCCCCCAAUUUCAAAACCCUAGCUGAUGGUUUGACGAGGGAUUUGAGUGUUGUUACGAGCAAAGUUGAGGGUUUUUUCGCGGCGGCGGAGAGGGGAGGGGUUUAUGCGGUGGCGCAGUGCGCGAGGACGGUGAGCGAGAGCGGCUGUGCGGAUUGCUUGGCGGUGGCGUAUGCUAAUGUGAACGGGUGCCCCCCGGAUUCCGAUGGGAGAGCUUAUGAUGCUGGGUGUUUCAUGAGGUAUUCUAGUGCCGACUUUUUCGGCAAGUAUCAGACUGUGGAUCUUGAGGCUCUCUUGGCAUCACUAGGGGGGUCAAGUAGCAAAGGGGCUAUCAUUGGAGGAGUUGCUGGAGGAGUUGGUGGUCUUUUGCUUCUUGCUCUUGUGCUGUUUCUAUGGAGAAGGAAGCACAGAAAGCUGAAUCCAGAUCGGAGAGGUAAUAUAUUGGGGGCGACAGAAUUGCGAGGGCCCAUGAACUUCCGUUACAAGGAUCUUAAAUCUGCAACUAAGAAUUUUAGUGAUGAAACUAAACUGGGAGAAGGAGGUUUUGGUGAUGUAUACAAGGGUGUAUUGAAAAAUGGUAACGUUGUUGCUGUCAAGAAAUUGGCAAUAGCUCAAGCCAGCAGAGCUAAGGCAGAUUUUCAGAGCGAAGUAAGGCUUAUAAGCAAUGUUCACCAUCGAAACCUUGUUCGGCUGCUCGGAUGUUCUAGCAGAGGGGCUGAUUUGCUGCUUGUCUAUGAGUACAUGGCAAAUAGCAGCCUUGACAAGUUCUUAUUUGGUGAGCGACGUGGGCGGCUCAGCUGGAAACAAAGAUUUGAUGUAAUUGUUGGCACGGCGAGGGGACUUGCAUAUCUCCAUCAGGAGUUCCAUGUCUGCGUCAUUCAUCGUGAUAUAAAAUCUAGCAAUAUAUUGCUUGAUGAUGAUUUUCAGCCCAAAAUUGCUGAUUUUGGGCUGGCAAGGCUUCUUCCUGGCGACCAAAGUCAUCUAAGCACCAAAUUUGCUGGCACCCUGGGUUAUACAGCACCUGAGUAUGCUUUACAUGGCCAGCUAUCCGAGAAGGUGGAUACAUAUGGCUAUGGAGUUGUUCUUUUGGAAAUAAUUAGUGGAAGAAAAGCCAAUGACACAAAGCUGGAACCUGAAACUCAGUACCUUCUUGAAUGGGCAUGGAAAUUAUACGAAAAUGGUGAAUUGAUGGGAUUACUGGACGAAACCUUGGAGCAUGAUGAAUAUAAUCCAGAUGAAGUGAAGAGAGUGAUUGAAAUAGCUCUACUCUGCACUCAGUCGUUAGUGGCUGCAAGACCAACCAUGUCUGAAGUGGUAAUGAUGCUCCUGACUAGAGUUGGGCCGGUUGUCCAGCCCACAAGGCCCACCUUCAUAGAUGCCGCAAACAGGGUUCGUGGUGAUACAUCCACUUCCACAGGUUCAUCUUCCGCAUCCAAUGCAACUAUUUCAAUUACACAGUUUUCAGCAAGGUGAAUAUUAUCAUGAAAUUUAGCUAUCUGGUUAUACAUACUCAAGAGUAGAGAUAUAUGUUGCUUGCUGUGGUGAAUAAGAGUGUAUAUAUAGAGAAUUAGGGGGAUGGUGUGUGCACCCACAGAGUCGCAAAUGUAUUAAUUAGAGAAUUUGCUGAUUGAUAAGACAGUUUACAGUGUAUCACAUACAUUAUCUCUCCAUGAUGAAUGUUUCGAUCCAAUGAGGCAGAUGGUUUUUCUGCUGAAGUUAGUUAUAUACUGGAGAAGUGACCGCUAUUUGGUCUGUA